UGAACAGAGCAGAGGACGGCAGCAGCAAUGGCUUCUUCUCAGAGUAAAGAACUUGUGGAAAUUAGAAGCUUUGGUGGUGGAUAUUUCAAGGAAAAGGAAUUCUUAUCAGUAGAAGAGAUCUACCACAGCCUUCCAGGGAGAAGCAUCAAUAAGGCUGGAGAAACUAUGAGAGGCAAUAUUCUGCAAACCCGCUCGGAUGCAUUCCUUCAUCUUCCAGUAGAGUUCUCCAUCAGUGGUCUUCAGCACUGCACCACCAUGGACUCCACCAGGAAGAUUCUGGAGUCACAAUACUUUAUAGGAAGAGAACACGAAAGAGAAGAACUCAAAGACCUCUUCUUCUGGUCUGUGAAAGUUCCUUCCACUGAUAUAGAGAAGGCUCAAGAAGAAGCUUACACUCAUGUCCAAGAACACGUCCCACCAGAUGAGGCAAAAGAAUACAAAGAAGAAAUAACUAAACAAUUCGCCAACUCUCCGGCAUUUAAUAAUCAAGCUUCUCGGUAUGGAAACUUCCGCUUCUCCUUCAAGUUCUCUGACCUCCUUUCUCUAUAUGAGGCUCAGUUUUGUGAAGGUAAAAAGCCACAGCUCAGCAUUCUGGGCACAUAUGUCUACAAGCAGGAGAUCGCUCAUUAUGUGGUAGUCCACUGUCCUGAUAGCACCCGAUUUAAAGACCACCCAAGGGUUCCCAGGCUCCAAACCAGAUGUGAACCUCUACCAAAUGUCUUCUUAGUAGAUGACACCUUGUAUUGGAGACCUGAAUCCACUUCUAAUGCUCUGAAAGUGAGAACUAAGGACGGUCACAUUAGAGCCUGCAACCAACCAGAACCUUGUAAAUAUUUUCAGGGCUCAGGACACUGCUUCCAUACCAUUCGAUGUGCCUGGAACCACCUAGUGAUUGCUUUCCAUAUUGCUCAGGGGGAUGCAUUAAAAAUCCCCGUAGAAAAUCUCAUUGGCCACCUAUCCGCCUGUUCAGCUCUAGAUCCUUUUAUGAAAAAAAAUUCAAGAAUGAAAAGAAGUGAAGCUAAAAAACACAUCAAGGACUUUCAGCAGCAGUAUCUGGGAAGAAGCCAAGAAUUCCAACCAAAAGUAAAUUCCAGUCAUGGAGACCAGUUUGGCAAACAUUCUGACCGGACGCCUCAUACUGAGACAAAUAUACAUUUAGAGGGAAAAGAACGAAGAAGAGAAGCUGAAUUGAAUGAAAAGCUGCAUGACUGCAGAGCCCCCACCAUGGAAAAUGUAGAGGAGACCACCAAUGAGAUAAAUAACUCCACGUUACAAAGUGAACAGUUCUUUCAGUCUAUGUUGGACUGUCAAAAACAGCUGAUAACGUCUAUUGAAAAUCUCGGAAAAAAUCUAUCAGAAGGUUUUCACAGUCUUUGCCAGGAACUAAGAAAUGUGACCGGUGCAAUUACUUCUUUCCAGAUGGACAUAUCAAGACGAGAACAUCGUCCUCCAUCAUCUAUAGAAACAAAGGCUGGACAAAAGACAUUUACCUCGAGUUCAUCUUCAUCAUUGCGAUCGGAUGAUCUUACAACCACUUCAAGGGUUGUGGUGGAUGGUCCUAAAGAGGACAGCUCACAGGGUUAUGGGGAGCAGAAGUCCUUAUUGAACGAAGAUAGUUUAGAGACUCAAAUGGAUGGUGGGAAACCUGCAGAAGAAGUAGAGGUCGGAGAGCAGCCGUCCACACAUGUCCGGGUGAAGCAGGAGAGGAACGGAGGCUCAGUAACUGGAAAGCAUGCUGCUGAAAGAGGAGACCCUCAUGAACUUGAAGACAGUUUUGAACAAUAUGGUCCACCAUUAAAGAAAAAAAAUUUUGAUUUUGGUUUACAUGAAUGAUUUCCAUGGAGAAGAUGACUUUCAGUCCGUGACAUCAUUAGAACAUCCAGAUCCCAGAAACAUCUCUGUAUCUGAUUGACGACAUAAAGUGGAGUUCCGUCCGGGGACAUCAUGACUUCUCCUGUCCUCACAGAUACUUCCUGCCGUCCAGUAGAUGAAUGGAUCACACAUUGCUCACGGCCCCGGAUCUUCUAUUAUUUUACACCGGUGCUGUGCAUGCACAUUUUGACAGAAAUGUUUGCAACUAAUCUAUUCACGCACAGUGGAUUUGUGGCAGAAAUUUCUGUGUCUGUAUUUAACUUCCAGUUAUCUGAAAUUAAUAUUUCAUAACUUUGGAAUGCUUUUUCUUAAGCAAGCCAUUUUCAGAUUGUUUUGUCAUGACGCAUCGUACUUCAUGUCAUAGGAAAUUUUCAGUUAAUAUGUUUUGCAUUUAUUUGUAAAAAAAAAUAAAAAAAUUUACAGAAAAUUCUGAAAAAUUCA